UUAUACAAGCAAAUGAAGGAUCAGGAUUGCAAAUUGCCACAGAUAAAGAAGAAAGAAAAAGAUUAUGGAUAGCAAGACAUGAAAUGCUUUAUUUUAGCACAGCCUUGGUCCCUGGUAGCAAGGCUUACUCAACUGAUGUUUGUGUUCCUGUAUCUCACUUACCUGAAGUUUUAGUCAAGACCAGACAGUGGAUUGAUGAAGCAAAAGUAAUAGGACCAAUAGUAGGGCAUGUAGGAGAUGGAAAUUUCCAUGUACUUUUCCCUGUUAACCAUGCAGACAAAGAGACAUUUUUAAAAGUUCAAGAUCUUCAUUUUAAAAUGGCUUAUCUAGCCAUGGAGAAGGACGGUACCUGCACAGGUGAACAUGGCAUUGGCAUGGGUAAACGCAAACUCCUAACUAAAGAAUUUGGGGAGACUGGAAUACAAGUGUUAAAAGAGGUCAAGAAAUGUUUUGACCCCAAUGGUAUCAUGAAUCCUGGGAAAAUGUUCUUCUAAGAGAGUACUGUCGAAAUGUUUGUGACAGUUUAAAACUGUUCACCUUGUUGAAUUAUGUGAUGUUAUUUUCUUCUAGGUAAUAAUCCUAUGUAUUUAUUUAUAUACACACAUGCCCUUAUCCUGUGAUAGCGGAAAUGUUCUACAAAAUUUUGAAAAAUCAUGUCUUUUUUUUCCAUUUUGCUUGUUGCAGUUUGUUUCUCUAAUUAUAUCAAAGAAACAUACCAAGUAUUUUUUUUAUUUUAAACAAUACAUCUAAUUUAAAAGAGUAAGUAAAAUGUAAUUAUUUCCCUUGGGUAUUAAUGUCUAGUGACUGGGUAUUUGUAAAGUGGAAAAUAUUGGCUCUUGGGGUUUGGGGAGCUUUAAAAAUUAACUUUUUAUAGACUAGAAGUAUCCUGUGAAAUUUUUAUUUGUAAAACAAGAAAGGAGUACCAUAAUUAACAUCCUUUUUGGAAUUAUAAAAGAAAACUAUUUUUUUGGCUCAGCUAAGUAUUACCCAGUGCAUGUUUCUCUUUUUUUUUUAAAUUGAAAUUCUUUUUUUUUUUAUAAGUAUUAUAAGGCUGUCAGGA